ACCUCCCUUUCUGACUUCCCCACCCUGCCCCCGGUGCCAUGGCGUCCAGCGAGGAGGACGGCACGGUGGAGGAGAAGGAAAACAACAACAAGAAGAGAACGAAAAGUGCCCUCAUAACAGCAUGGCUCACUUUCUACAACAUCGCCAUGACAGCCGGGUGGCUGGUGCUGGCAAUCACAAUGAUGCGCUUUUACAUCCAGAAAGGCACACAUAAGGGUCUCUAUAGAAGUAUAGCACGGACCCUCAAGUUUUUCCAGACCUUUGCAUUAGUUGAGGUCCUACAUUGUGCUGUCGGAAUUGUGAGGACUUCUGUGAUUGUGACCGGGGUUCAAGUGUGCUCCAGAAUUUACAUGGUUUGGUUUAUCACUAGUAGCAUCAGACAGAUCCAGAAUGAAGAAAGUGUACUCCUGUUCCUUGUUGUGUGGACGGUGACAGAGAUUACCAGAUAUUCUUACUACACAUUCAAACUGCUCCACCACCUGCCGUACUUCAUCAAAUGGGCCAGAUACAACUUCUUCAUCAUCUUGUACCCGCUUGGAGUUGUUGGAGAGCUGUUCACCAUUUAUGCCGCUCUACCAUUCGUACGCAGGUCUGGAAUGUACUCCAUGAGGCUUCCCAACAAAUAUAAUGUGUCGUUCGACUACUACUACUUCCUCAUCAUCGUCAUGCUAUCCUACAUCCCACUCUUUCCUCAGCUCUAUUUGCAUAUGCUGCGGCAGAGGAGGAGGGUGCUCCAUGGUGAAGUAAUAGUAGAGAAGGAUGACUAGACGUGCGCCACCUCGUCCAUUUAAGCCAGCCUGCCUGCACAUCACCCUGACAAAACGUCUGUUCCACCCACUCACCAGUGACACCCCUCACCUUUUUAUUUUGGCCGUUGGCAUUCUUAUCUGCCUGGGACCUGCAGAAUAGCUGAGGACCUCCCUGCUAACCAGCGAUGAUGAUGAAAACUGGGAUACAUUUCUGUCUGAUAUAUGAUUUGGUAAGAUGUUUACAGUUCUGGAGUUACACCACAGCACUAAGAUAUCUGGAUCCCCUUAUUCAACCACUGGCUUUACACCAUCUCAUUGCACCGAAGAAUAACUGAGCCACAUCACUGGUUCGUGACAUGAAAAAUGAGAAGAAACGUGGAAGGAAGAUUGUACGUUGUGUGCUCUGAAUUGUCCCUCAGCCCUACAAUUUGGUGGAUUUGAAAAGUGAUGCGACAGCACAGAUCACGGUACAAAAAGUUCAAUCAUACCUCAACAAUAAAUCUACAUUUAGACAAAUGUGCUGCUGCUUUUGUGUAUAUUUGUUUUACCUUUUGUUUAAACUAUGCAAUGUAAAAUCUUAAUCCACAGCAUCUCAGAGCAAGCACAGCUCCGACUUAAUUCUGUCUGUUUGGCUCAGCUAGUGCUUUCUUUUAAUAUUCUGAUGUUUACUAUCCUAAAGAGAUUUUCUUGGAGUCUUUGCAGAAAUUAGUGUGUAAAUCAGCAUUUUUAGGUUUUUGUCAGCCAUCAUUCUGCGUCUCAUUUUGUGUUAGGUAGUUGGCCAGGAUCGUAAUUAAAGGUGCAAUUAUUAAGAUCUUUUCAAUCUUCUGUGCAGCUGAAGGAGUGACUGUGAUUGGAGUUGACCUAAAACAGGAAAGCAGGAUUUGAAAUGACUUAAGAGGAAGUGUCAAUGAUCUGAAUGGACUGUGGUUAAUCAAAGAGAAUCAGUUUUGCUUAUCAUCUUGGUUAAAAGAAAAGUGAAAGAAUAUAAACCAAAUGUUAAAUUAAGCAGAAGGACAUUAAAAAAAUGUGAAACUACCUUUUUGUGAAAAAUAAACUAAAUUCUUCAACA